AUGAUUACAAAAGUGUUUUAAGAUUUAAAGUAUUUUAUUUCCUUUUUCUUGAUUUUUAUCAUUCAAUUUGGAUUGAUAUUUACAGUCUUGUUCAGAGCAGCUCCAGUUGAAGAAUAUGAAGGAGUUGAUGCUUUUGGCUACUAUCUUAUGAUAUUUAGAAUAGCUGCAGGAGACUUUGCUACUGACAACUACAAAGAUUAAUCAUAGUUUUUAGUCAUUAUCACCUGGAUUGUAUGGAUAAUUGCAGUGAUUGCUCUAAAUAUUAUAUUCAUGAAUUUCAUUGUCGCAGUAAUAUCAGAAUCAUACGAGAAAGUCAUGUAGAAAAUAGUUGCUGAAACUUUCAAAGUGAAAUGUUAAGAAGGCAAGUUAGCUCAGAAAGCUAAGAAAACGGUAAGAUAAUGUGCUAUGAUUAAUAUAGGAGAAUGGCAGGGCUUCAUUAAGGAUAUCAAAAACACUAUUAAGACUACAGCUACUCGAGCUAAGAAUGAAACUUUGUAGAAUCUAAGCCUAAUCUAGAGUACUAAUUAAAUAUUGAUGGAAUAAUUAAAACAUGACACUAAUAAACAAUUUUAUGAGAUGAGAGCAGAAUUCAAAAAGGAUGUAAAUGAAAUUUAAGACACAUUGAAGCAAAGAAUGGAUGGAUUAGAGCUGUUAGUUAAGGACAGUUUGAGCAAGUUACUUGAAAAUGCAAGCAAAUAAUAAUAGUGA